AUUAUUGAGUAGCAAUGGCUGCCUCUACAUAGGACUGGAGGUCUUGAUGGUUUCCUUUUUAUUUUCCCUUUAACGCGUUUGUUAACAUUUUUUUUUCGAUAUUGAUUAACGGGUUUAUAGCAUAAGAUGUUUUCUGUCUGGAUAUAUCAGGAUAUUGCCUAAGCUCCAUUUUACUGAGAGCAAACACGCUAGUUGGAGUCAUAACUGACAUUACAGUGUUUCUACCAACCAACAAGACGCUUAAAUGGAGACUGACGAAGUGGAAAAGGACCCUGUUGAUACUGUUGGUUUAAAGGCAGUCACAAAUAAAGAUGAAGAAAUAAAACACAGUGCUGGUGAUCAAGAGAUGAGCAGUUGUGUUUCUGAGAGUGAAUGUGCCAAUUCUUCGACUGAAAAGGAUGAAGAUGGUUUACAUGAAACAGUUGAAAAUAUAGACCAAGUUGUAAGUGAUGAUCCUCAAAAAGACAGUGUUCCUAGGAAAUCACCACACUCUGUAGUAAAUAGUGAGGGUUCAGAAGCAGAAAUCUCUUUAGAGCCGCUUGAUUUAGACAGUGAGGCUGUGCAGAAAGUUUCUGGUGAUGAAAAUACUGAGUCACAGAAUGUUACGAAUAGUGAUACCGUGAACAAUUUGGAGGGCCCUGUUACCAAGCCAAGUGUGGGGCCAUCAAAUGACAGGGAAGACAUCAGUGAUGAGGAGUUUGACGUUGACACAUCAGCUUCUGCUAAUGGUAAUAAUGGCAAUACCGAUUCACCUGCUGUUCUUGAGGCACUUCAAACAAAAAACACAGAAGAACAGUCUACCGUUGAGCUGUCCAUAGAAUCUUUCAAUACAGAGGAAGUUGAUUUGUCUGCUCAUCAAGGAGAGGCUGAAGUAGAGAAGCUGAGCUCUUUACCAGAUGACAGGGUUCCUAGUGAUGAUGGAGAUAUCAUUGAUCUGAAGUUAGAAGAUGCAGCUGAUAAAAGUGAAGAAGGCAGUCUUGGUGAAGGAGGCCAUGGACAAAGACCUAGUGGAGAACUUGAAGCCGUUUCUGAUGAUGAACUUGUGCCAGAUGGAUCGCAUGCCCCUUCUGUAUCUAAAAGCCCUAAUCUCACGAAGCCUGCUUUGAUAGCAGGUGGAGAGGAAGUGAGCAGCUCAGAGGAUGAAGGCCCUGCGAGUCCUGACAGUGCUUACAAUGCUGCCCAUGAGAUAGAUUUGAGCGCUGAAGGUGAUGGUGCGAUGGGCUGGGAACCCUCAGAAGUAUCACGGGGUAGUGCUGACCUUUCUGAGGGGACAGCAGCUGGUAGGGAGUCUAAAACUUUAGAUAACCCAGUUCAGUCUCUGGACUCAGAGAUGCCUCCUUCAACAGGGCUCACAUCGCUUGAGGCGGAACCCAUAUCAGAUGAAGAGGACAUUGGGCAGGAUGACAACAAAUCUGUGACAGACCCUGAUGCUGUGGAAGCUGGGGAGGUCAAGAGCCCAGGAGAUGUGAAUUCCCCCCAACCUGUGAAGGAGUUGUUACGGGAGGCAGAACCCAUCUCUGCUGAUGAAAGUAGUGACACAGAUGGAGAACUUCCUAGUGGAGACGAAGAUUCCAACCCUCAAGUUGUGAAGGGAGGAGAUUCCAAAUCACGUGUCAAUGACUUUGAGUCCAUAGAUUCGGAUGAGGGUGAUAUGGGCAUGGAUGCCUCAGAGCAUCAGUCUUCCCGAUUAUCUAAUCGUGAAUCAUUCAGCAAAGAAAAAUCAGACAUUACUGCAGCUCAAACAUUUGGUCAGGGUGAUAAAUCUAAAGGUGAAUAUAUGGAGACUAUAUCAGAUGAGGAAAUCUUAGAUUCGGGAGAGGAUGUGAGAAAAAGAGGUGUGAAUGAAAAAAAAAGCCAAGAAGGUGUUCAGUCUAGUAGUCCACAUGUAAAAGAUCUAGAUAUAGAAAAAAGGCAGGUGACAACAAAUUUCAACGAACAUCAUGAAGAAUUAGACUAUGAAGAAAAUGAGGGUGAUGAAGGAGAGCCAAAGAUGGAGGAAUCUUCAAAGGGAGAUGCUCAAGUGAAAGAAGAAGGCGAGGAAGGAGAAGUGAAAGAGGGUGCACCAGAUGACAAGGAUGAAGGAGAGCUGAGCGAUGAUGACUGUGAAGAGGGUGAAAUCAAGGAACCAGGAGCUAAGAAACCUUUCAUUAAACCGAUUUGUCGUUUUUUUCAAAGGGGUAAUUGCACAUGGGGAAUCAACUGCAGAUUUUUGCAUCCAGGUGUUAACGAUAAAGGAAAUUACCAGAUGAUAGAAAUACCUGGUUUCAAACCGCCUGGUGCUCGGCCACCAAUGGGAGCUCCCGGUGCUUGGGAAGAGCCGGAAGAACCAGUAGAGCUACCUCCUCCACCCAUUCCAGACAUUCCACCUGUUGAAACUGCCUGGGAAAGAGGUCUCAGAAUAGCUAAAGAGCAACGGAAGAAGGCAUCUGAAAGAAAAGAGCUUGAGCCAGAUUUUGAGGAGAAGCGACUGAACUUAUCUGUUGAUGAAGAAAGAGAGCUCAACAAAGAAAAUGAAAGAAUGCCAAAGAUUAUUCCAAAGGACCCUUACUAUGAUCAACAAGCGUAUGAAGAGGAUGAGUACUACAAAAUAUCUCGAGAUCCAUGGCAAACGGGUCAUUAUGAGAACUUUGAGGUCAGGUACAACAGAGAAACGUCAUUUUCUCCACCUUAUCGGGAAAAACAACCUGGGCCUCCUCCGUCUCGAUAUAUGCCACCUCCAUACAGUCCUCCAGUUGACAAGUUUGGGCGACAAAGAGAAGAGCGACGCAAUCCAUUUAGACAAGAACCACCUGCCCAUGACUACCCAUCCACCCUAAAGCGACCAGAUGAGUGGACUGACCCAUGGAGAAGAGUCUCAGUGAAACAGAAACCCAUGGUUAAGCCUAAAAAACGGUCAAAGUCCCCGCAAAAGAGAAAACACAGAAGUCGGUCACGAGGAAGAAAAAAUAAAAGAUCUGUCAGUGACUCUUCAAACUCAUCAAGAUCUGGCUCUGGUUCGUCUUCUGGUUCAUCACGCAGCAGCAGGUCAGGGAGUGGUUCAUCUGGCAGUUCUAGUCGAUCCCGGUCCCCUGAACCUGCACCUCCAGGAGUUGAUCGUCAGGACAGAUAUGGGCAUUCUCCACAGCGCUUUGGAGACCAACCCCGAAGUGCAGUAUCAGUUCGGGGCCGUGGAGGAUACAACAACUACGACCACGGGGGAUUCAGAGGCUCCAGAAAUCACAGAGGCUUCGAUCGCAACAUGGCUCCUGGCUAUCGACCUGGCGGAGGAUAUCGUGGAGAGGGUGGUGGUGGUGGUGGUGGCUACUACAACAAUUACGGUGGUCCAGGCGGCGGUGGUGGUGGUGGUGGUGAUCAUCGAGAUCCGAGAGACCCAAGAGCUGGUCGCGGCGGCAGGGAGGAUCGUUUUGGAAGGAAUCGGGGUCGCUCUCCUCCGGACAGGCCUUUGCCUUAUGUGAGACCUCGGCCUAAAAGUGUCAGCAGUCGCUCAAGUUCCAGUAGAUCUCGCUCUCGAAGCCGCAGCCGCUUCUCGGACUCUUCUCGCUCACGGUCACGCUCCAGGUCCAGCUCCAAUUCCUCUCGGUCCAGCUCUUCCUCGAGCUCCUCCGCCGGCAGCGCUGAUUCUGAGCACUUGUAUCGAGACCUUGGGAGCCCCACUAAACCCCCUCGUGGUCCAACGUCUGGAGCUCCAAAAAAGAAAAGAUCAAACAGCCACAAGGAGCGGCCCGGUCCUAAAGGUGGACCAUUACCAGGUGGCCCAGCCUCACAGAAAUACCCAUCUCAGCAGCCUCCCUCGCAGGCUUCGGGGGGCCUGGAUAGGAUUCCUCACCCAAGAGAAUCAAAGUCAGGCCAACCUCCCCCUCCGUCCACGCGGCAGGAGUCCAAAUAUGCCAGUCGCAAUGCUCCGCAGGCACCAGUGAAGGCCAAGGACCCACUCAAGGUGGUGGGCCAAAAGUCAAACAUAAAGCUUACACUGCUGCCGAAGCAGCAACAGCAGUCUGGUUUAGGCAGCCGACCAAACCCCCUGGACUCUCCCCCACACAAAAGAAGGCUGUCAGACCGGGACUCUUCCCCACCUUCUGCUCCGCCUGCCAAGAGACCUGCCCUACCUGUGCCACAAGCCUCAGCUUUGAGAAUUGCAACAGAGAAAGCAGCCAAAAUUCAGCUGCGCCAAGAGAAAGGCAAGUCCCCUCCGCCUGUUUCCAUGCCUCCAUCAUCCUCUUCUGCUGCAGCACAGAGGGCUAAAGCCGCUGUGUCGCCUCAAAAACAAGCCAGUAGCAGCAGCAGCUCAAAGCCACGCGUGGCCGAGCCUGCCGUGGGGAAGCCUGCUCCAAAAGUGCCCCUAGCGGCUGCCCCGACUGCCAGUGCGACGGGGGCUAAGGCCAAAAAGAGCAUGUCGUCCAGACGGGAGGAGCUCCUCAAGCAGCUCAAGGCCGUAGAGGAUGCUAUUGCUCGCAAAAAGUUCAAAUUGCAAUGAUCUUUGCUGGAAGCCUUUUAAAUGAAUUUGUUGUUGAUGUUGUUGAGGGUUUUUUUUUCCUUUUCUCUCCCCACCCCGUCCCCAAUUUAUUGAAAAGAGUGCCACUCUUUGUACAAAACAUCCCAUCAUUUUAACUUCUCUUUAGCCUUACUAUUCUUGAAUAAAAAUGGAAUCUUGUCUUUGUCUUUUGCUGUUGCCUCUAUUACUUAACCGGGGAUCAAAACAACUUGCGAAGUACAAUGCAGAGAAAGUUUCAAACUCAGAGUUUCUAGUGGUGUGGAAGACUUAUUUUCUGACAACAGUUUAAUGAUUGGAGUAUGUAUUUGUGUCAUAUAUUUAGAAUGUGUCAUUGUGUCCUGCUGAGUUACUGCCAUUGUUUUCUUUGUCAUGCACAACCUGCCCUGCCUGCCCCCCUCCCAGAUUCCUCUUUUCUGCAAGUUGUUUUUUUUAAAAUCAGUGCUGUAGCUUUAGACCAGACCUUUUUCCUACUGCAGACUCACAUGUGCUCUCCUCAUUUGUUUCCCAUCAAUUAACUGUCAGUGUUUAUGGUUUCUUGUUGAGUUUAAGCUCUUUCACAUUUCUCUGUGGCAUUUAUUUUCCCCCCCUCCAACCAUCUACCUGUACAGGAGCUUUUGGAGGGCUUAAAGGAUCACAAGUUCACUUCUGCGUUCCCUUGUUAGAACUCAGGGAUGGUCCUCUGCAAGUUUUACUACUUGCUGUUAAACUGACAUGGAUGUACAUGGCCUAUUUCCUCUCUAGAGUGCUGUGUCCCUUGCCUAGCAAGGCUGCAACAUGCCAUUUGCAAAGUUUCUUUUGUUUGUAAAGAUGAAGGCUUCUAUUUGUAGAAGUGAUUUCUUUUGAGGUUCGCAUGGCCAGUUCUGCUCUAGUUAGUUUUAACUGUUAAUGUGUCGUUAUUGUGCACGUAAAAUGUUUUUUUCCUUUUCUGAGAAGAAUAGGCAUCCAUAAUGUCCCAGGAUCAUGAGUGGGAAAACAUUUUUAAAAACCCAAAGUCACCCACCGACUGUGAGGCCUGGAGCAAGCAUGAUAGUGGGAAAACUGCCUCUUUCUUUAAAACCGACGAUUUAGAUUUUGAGUAUUUUAAUAGGUAUCGUCCCAGUGACAAGUGUGUUAAUGUCACGAGACAUAAAAGAUAAUGCAGGAGGGUACUAAUCUCUUACCUAUGUACUUAUCUGGUGUUUUUUUUCAAGUCCUGCUCGCAAACUCUUUUUUGAAUUGAAGUCUUUUUUCUUUUUUUAAAAAUGGGGUGUAGCAUGGCAAAUACCAGAAGACCAAAUUUCAAUUUGUUCAGCUUUGUACUUCACGCUACUGAGGUCUUCCCUUUAGGUAUUAAGAAGUCUGUUUUUUAAAUUUACUGUGCACAGUCACCUAAAGAGAGUCCUUAACAGUUUUCUUGUGCAACAUUUUGUUGAAUGUGCUGAGUUCUCUGAAUGAAAGAAAGUGAGGUUUUGAACUUGUAUAAAAUUGUCUCAUCUACAGUGCUCUUUUUUUUUGUUUUUGUGGCGAGAAUUUUCAAAAUGGAUAUACUCGUUUUGUUCAGCACUACUUUCAGUGCCAGUAUGCCUCUGUUGGCUUUUCUGGAUAACACCAUUUGAUUGGGUUGUGGACCUAAGUAUAGAUUUAUGGUCAGUUGUCUUGUGCAAAUGCAGGGCGAGAGCUUUCAAGAAGAGAAUGCGUGUAGUGUAGUGGGGUUUAACUGUUGAUGCCUCAAGACUCUAGACUAGACGGGACUAUGAAUGGUAUAUUUAGACCACUGUGACUGUUAACUCAGUUCACAGGUCGAUGUCACUAGGGCUGCGCCUGUUGAUUACAAAUUAUGGGAGGCUUUGUUUUACCCCUUAAACUAAUUAGCACCAGUUUGUUUGAAGUUCAACAAUUUUGUGAUUCUUUUGUUUUGAUGUCUUGGGCAGACUUUGGUGUGGGGAUGCCUUAUACAUCAUAUAAAUUUGACAGACAAAAUAUUUACUGUAAUUAAUUUGUGUCAUGACAGGUUUUCUGGUGUGUUUGUCAUUGGAAUGAAGGAGGUUUAAUAGGUGUGGAGUGACUUAUUUGGUGUAGUCAGCAGAAUGGUCUUUGAGAUAGUGAAGUGCAAGGUUGUAUGUGGAUGAUGUUUUAUAAUGGGAUGCGUUGCUGCAUUACUGCUACCCAUGGUGCACAUGUUUUAUAUAUUACAAUAUUGAGUUCAUGCUGUUAGGGAUUUUUUUAUAUUGUCAUUUUUUUAGCGGUUGCAUUGUUUGAUUUGAAAUAUGAAACAGACCACACAGUUGCUAAUAUUGAGGUAACGUUAGCAAAGUUUGAAUAUAAAUGAAUGUGUUAUAUGGUGUGAUGUCAUGGGAAAACUUAAUGAUGUAUUUUUUCUUUCAGUCAUGUUCAGUCAUGAUCAUUGAACUGUGAGAAGAAUGUUCUCUUCUUCUGCUUCUUCAUCCCUUUCCUAAUCCCUACCAUGUCCAUCCAAUACUGUUUUUGCUAAACUGGAAUGUUGUAAAACUGAUGAAUGAUAUCAAUGAAUUGUUGGCUGUCAUUAUAGGCUCAUCAUCAUCCCUGUGGAUUUACAUAUAAACAAGUGCGGUAGUUUUUUCUUGAAAAUAUGCAAGAUGUGUAUGUAGUAAGAAUACUAAGAUGUCUGGGGACCAUGGCUCAAAUGUCCUCUGGUGUAUUUUGUAGCUAAAAGUUGGGUUUUGUUUUUAAAUCUCCGUUCUGUGACUGGUGCAUUUCCUGUGUAGAUUCCUGUUCUUGAUAGCAAUGAACUUGGUUGUUCCAGAGACAUGAGGAUUAUUGCUCAGUUUAUAAAUUGUAGAUUGUCAAAGCUUUGACGUGAUUGAUAACCCGUGUAUUGUUCAUUUGGAGGAAAGCGGGAGGGGGGUUCCUUGUGAUACUUUACUGCUUUUUAAUGAGCUGUUCCAAGGUUUAAUGAAUUGCUCAAGACUUUGAUCUGUCGGAUAAAAAUGAGAGGGAAACAGAAACUUUCUCAUCAGUUGACGGUCAAAUUCUUAGCUUUUUUCUGUGGAAGACCUGCUUUGCUUCUGUUUUAUAAAGUGAAAGUUGAGACAUUGUCAUCACCUGUGGGGGUCUUAACAAAGUUUUCAGCCAAAUCCAGUUAAAAUUUUGACUGGAAACUAGUUUCUCUCUUAAUGAUAAAACUGACAGGGGGCUGGAUAUUGUUUUCUUAAUGAGGUGAAAUGACUUGCAAGGUUGUUUGCUUGGAGGAAGUUUUUGUUUCUGUUUGAGUCUUAAUGCCUUACAAGACAGCUGAAAGGUUGUGGCACCAGUUAUAUUAUCGGCACAAAAAAGUUUGGUUUUUUUUCAUGUGGUUGAAUCGUGAUGGAUGGAGGAUUGUAGUUGAGAGGAUUACUUUGUGGACCUGAGGGUUCUGUCAUUCUUAAUGUACAUUGUAAUGACUCCUGUUGUUGAUACUUUGUCUUUGGACAGCAAUGAAAAUGAUUUAAUCAAUAAAUUUUUUUUUCUCUGAAUAUAG